AUGGCAUCGUCAAGCUCGAGAGAGCAAGAGCAUAUCGAUGGUCGUCGAGCCCGCGAGCUCUACCGUUAUUUCCAACCACAGCGCUCUCUUUCCGCGGACAGAAUACCGACACCCUCUACAAUUGAUUCGGACUCCGUACAACUGGGCGUUCCUCCGGCUAGAGAAUCUGCUCUUGCUACUCCUCCAUCACCCGCACUGUCUGCUCAGCAUGCCGCAACCACCGCCGGUCUAGUUCCUGAAGCUCUCAUCCUCGGAGAAUACAAUGCAACUUUGAGCUCUUUCGCGCAGCUGGCGGCCUUACGCCUCGAUGUAGAACGAGUUAUGAUUAGUGUCUCCGACCGAACCUCUCAAUUCAUCAUAGCUCAGAGCUCGAAAUCCCUACUUGGUGGAAAGAGGCAAUACGAGUACGAUGGGAGUGGGACAUGGGAUGGCUGCCAUACACAUACAUCCGCUGCGUGGCCUAUGUGCAGGAAAACCGUGAAUCUUCCGCCGUCCAACAGAGAACGCGGGGAAUACUCCUUCCUUGAAGUCAACGAUCUGAGCCGCGAUGACCGCUACAAAGAUAUCCCUUUCGUGAAAGACGACCCGCACUUCAAAUUCUAUGCUGGAACUCCUCUGACAACAGAAACCCCGAGGAUCAAUAUUGGCUGUUUAUUCCUGUUGGAUACAAACCCUCACAAUGGUCUCACCGAAGCAGAGAAGGAAAUCAUGGGAUCAAUCUCGGUUUUGAUCAUGAACUUCCUGAAAGUGAGCCGGCAGGCUUCCGAGGGCCGGCGAGCCGCACGACUGUCUCGAGGGCUCAGUUGUUUUGUCGAAGGCAGCUCGAGCUUUGUGGAUACAGCCAACCACUCAAGCACGGGCAGUAUUUCUGGUUUACCUAGUUCUCCUCCUUGCUCUGCGCCUAGAGGCAACCAUCUUUCAGUACGGUCCUCGAAUAGCUUGGAAGGGCUCUUGAAGAGAUCACAUAGCAGCGAUGCUCGAUCAUUCAGCUCAUUGUCAGAUUAUAAAAUCGAUCUAACACGCUCCUCCAACCCGACAACCAAUCCGCCAACUCCGCUUCCUGAAUGGUGGUCCGGAACCCAGCGCAGAGAGCUCGAAGGCUUAGACCAGUCACAUAGCAAUUGCUGGGCUUUCAAGAGAGCCGCAAAUUUACUGCGCGAAAGUCUAGAGCUGGACGGCGACGGUGGUGUUGUCUUCCUCGAAAUCGGAACCACUCCAGCGGUUGACAUCGACUCGGGAAGUGACUAUAGUACAGCGGAAAACGUGAGUCCGGCAUCGAUCUUGGCCAUGUCCACUAACGAAGAGCCGUUCGCGCCGUCGCCUGGGUCGACCGUCGCCUCCCCCGCAGCUAACCUUGAUACCGCAUUUCUCCAACAGCUUAUACGCCGAUAUAGUAAAGGAAAACUAUGGUCAUUCCAUCGAGAUGGCAGUGUUUCAGGCUCUGAUGAUGAAAACGCCAAGUCUUCGAAAACCAGCUCUCGAACCGCAAAGACUCAGGAUCUAACAAAGGGCGCUCCAAAGAGAUGGAGAAGCGUGGAGAAUUCUUUGCUCAAUACCUAUUUUCCUAAUGCGACCCAAGUACUGUUUGUUCCCCUCUGGAACGCCGCAAGCUCGCAGUGGUUCGCAGGAUGCUUUUGCUGGAACACAGUGGAGAGUCGCGUCUUUAGCUCCUCUGUCGAGCUGAGCUCUGUAUUGGGGUUCGGUUCCUCUAUCAUGGUUGAGCAUAGUCGCCUCGAAUCCCUCAUAUCAGAUCGGCAGAAAGGCGAUUUCAUUGGAAGCAUUUCGCACGAACUUCGCAGCCCAUUGCAUGGAAUAUUGGCAGCGGCAGAGUUCUUGAGUGGCACAGAACUAGACGAGUUUCAAGGGUCGUUGCUUGAUACCAUCAAUGCUUGCUCUGUCACGUUGUUGGACACGAUGAAUCAAGUCCUUGACUUUAGUAAAAUUGUUUCCCUAGAAAGGAAAACUCGCCAAUUGAAACGGAAGACAAAGCAAUUGCCUGCGGAAGCCGACGAUAAACCAUCCGUUGGUUUGGACACCUUUGUGGCUACUGAUCUUGCGCUCUUGGCAGAGGAAGUGGUAGAGGGCGUAUGCCUUGGACACGCAUACAGCCUGAAAUCAUCUUCCAAUCCCAUGAGCCCCAUUACGGAGAUUCCCAAAACGGGCCAGGAUGGUCGACCUGGUGCUGAGAUGGGCGUGGAAGUAUUUGUCGCUGUUGCUCAAAAUAACUGGAUCUACGAUACACAACCUGGGGCGUUACGGCGAAUCAUCAUGAACGUAUUCGGUAACGCCAUGAAAUAUACAGAGGCAGGCAGCGUUUGUGUCCGUCUUGAAGCUGCUGAAUCUCCUGACGGUCGCCGUAGCCAACCGGCAGAGGAUCUGGUAACCUUGACAGUUUCUGAUACUGGAAAAGGCAUUUCCGAGGAGUUCCUUCGGGGUCGACUAUACACCCCGUUUGCACAAGAAGAUACGCUCGCUGUGGGAACGGGUCUUGGACUAUCGAUCGUCCGCAGCCUGGUCAAAACUCUGGGUGGCAGCAUCGACGUACAUAGUCGCCCAGGUGAAGGAACGACUGUGAGGGUCACCAUGCCUCUAGCGCGCCCUGGAGAUGAUGUGGAUGUCCUUGCGCCCAACACAGCCGACUCGCAAAUUGUCCGUUCAACAUCCGAGAAAGAUUCUGCAGACGAUUGUGACAUUCUUCGCCGCAAUCACCCCAAGAAACAAGCCGCGAUUCUGGGGAUGGAUCCCGUUGAUGCGGGCACACAUCCUUUGUGGUCUAGUGUUAUGAACUACCUGACUAAAUGGUACAACUAUGAGCUAGUCUCGUGGGGGUCUGAGCUCCCUAUCGACGUUGUCUUAGCGGAUGAGCACAUAUUGGCCGAAUAUUCGCCACCUGCUUCCACCGCCACAUCUCUGCCUCCACUUGUCAUUAUUUGUAGCCGGUCCAUCGAUUACAUGACCGCGCGCUCUCGAUGGUCUUCACUUGCCGACAUAGUGAGCAUCAUUACUCGCCCAUGCGGUCCCUACAAGCUGGCGCGUACAAUUCAAAGAUGCUUCGAUUCUCAAAAGGAACCCGUCUCAGAACAACAUGUCAAAAACCUCCCUAUUCGACAGAAGGCAACACUUUUGUCGGAUGCGAAUGCUAUGCCCGAGAAGAAACCAAAGACCUUUGAGGACCUGAACGACACUCCUGACCUGACUGAUGCAGCGAGUUCGACCACUCCAGGUUCCAUCAGUUCAGACAGGUCUACACCCUCGCAGGCAAGCUCCGAAGUGGCCGAUCCUAUAUCGACCCUAACACCCUCCUGUCAAUUGCAAUCUCCGCCCGUGACGAAACUCGCGGCAAAACAGGGACGCACUCCAAGGGUUCUAGUGGUGGAUGAUAACUUCAUCAACCUCAAUCUCAUGCUCACCUUCUUGAAGAGGCGCCGGCUAGAAACUCUGGAAUCUGCUGAAAAUGGACAACUGGCAGUUGACGCCGUGGAACGAACGCCAGGAGGGUUCGACUUGAUUUUCAUGGACAUUUCUAUGCCCGUUAUGAACGGGUUUGAAGCCACGCGGGCCAUUCGCGCUAUUGAAAAGGAGCGCGGCACUGAGGUUUCUACCCCAGCGACCAUCAUCGCGCUCACUGGACUGAGCAGCUCGCGCGACGAAUCCGAAGCCCUCUCUUCAGGCAUCGACCUCUUCCUCACGAAGCCAGUCUCGUUCAAAGAGGUCUCUAAAUUACUCGACGGUUGGAUUGCGAAGACUGUUGUCUGA